GGUCAUGAAUAAGUCGGAGAUCCGAUGUAAACGUUUUAUAAGGGGUUUCCCCAUUUGCUUGAUUCUCAUUCUCUCCUGCUGCUGCCAUGUAAGAGGUGCCUUUGCCUUCCGCCGUGACUGCGGGGCCUCCCCAGCCAUGUGGAACUGAAUCCAUUCAACCUCGUCUUCAUAAAUUGCCCAGUCUCGGGUAUGUCUUUAUCAGCAGCACAAAUACUGACUGAUGCACCCACCAAGAGACGGCAGGUGGCUUUGCGGAGACCCCAGGGACACCCAUUUGCUCUUGUUGCUCCAGACGACCCAGCACUUGUUGGAGGGAGACAGCAGCCUCCGCUCCCAUCCUGGCAGCAUCCGUGGGACUCCCGACAUCAGAGCGUCCAGAGCAGGUGCCUCUGAGGAACUGUCCCAGGAGGCCAGGAGAGCCAGAGUGUCCGUGAGGCCAGGGCUCUCACCCUGACCCACCACUUAGCCAAAGAGCUGAGGCCUCCUGGGCGCGGAGCGGCUCUGGGCUCUUCAAAAGAAGAGGAAGGAGGGGAGCCUGCGGCCUGGGGGUCACACCUGCUUCCCCCGGACACUGAGGAGCCCUGGGCACAGGAAGCGGGUCCUGGGGGGGCGCCGGCUCGCGAUGUGCCCGUGAAGGGGCCGCCCAAAUAAGCCACGCCCUUGUAAGGGUUGUUUUGAGCUGAAGCAGCCGUCCAUGAGGAUAAGAACGUUGCUUUCUUCUGGCUCUGGAGAGCGUCUUCCCUGUGGGGUGUUACCUCCUCUUUCGGGAAGGAAAGGCCAUUCCCAGCCACACAGACCGUGCUGGAGUGCGCGUGCCUUCCUCCAGCCCAUCUGCCGAUUUUAAUUCUCGGGCCCAACCAAAGAACCCCAAGAGGUAAAACGUUGCCUGCCCACCCACCGUGGUCUGGAGGCUGGAGGAGACGGCGUGCUGGGGAUUUUCUGUUCGACUCAGUACAGGCUGAACGCUGUCCCGGCAAAUCCCCGUGCUGGAGCUGUGACCCCGAGACCCUCAGGACCCCGGGAUGUGGCUGCGCUUGGGCAUGGAGCUGUAGAGAUUGUGAAGGUAAAGCCAGGCCGUGCACGUGGCCCUGACCCCGGGUGGCCGGUGUCCUUAUGAGAAGGGUAGACGAGGACGCAGCACACAGGACGACCCCGUGAGGACACGGAGUAUGUCCUCUUCGCGCCAAGGAGAGAGCCUCGGGGAGCCAGCGCUGUGAGACACCUUGCCCCCGGCAACGGAGGGAAUAGGCUCCCACUGUUUAAGCCGCCUGAGCAAACCCACACGGACCGCCCGGAAAGGCCUCGCCGGAGCCCCGGCCACAGCAGGGUUUCGUCCUGGUGCCGUGUGGCUGGGGAGAGGCGCUGGGCCGGCAGCGUUUGCACCCCACCACUGCCUGGGGGGGCUGCCUUUGUCUUCCUGAGUUAUCUGUGUCCUGUGUGCCCUAAUAGGGAGAAAAAGAGUCAAAUACCCCAUCACCGAGGGAGACCUGCGUCUGUGCUGGAGGGAGCCUUGUUAGGGCCUGGUGCCCGUUCCCCGCCCUCCGGGGUGGAGAGACCAGAGACGUGAAAACACAGCACCGGCCCCAGCCCCGGCCUGCGGGAAAGAAGGGAAAGUGCAGAACCCGCCCCAGCCCCGGCCCGCACAGAAAGCCAUGCUGUGCUGCCGGGGACCAGCCGAUCUUUGGCCUCUGACCUUACAGUGAUGUCACAGCAGCCCCCUGGCAACAGCACACCCAGCACCUCCUCACUACUCCCUGCGGGACAGCUGGAUGUGAGGGUGGCAGCCUUGCGCUCGGCCGAGGCUGGGCUGGAGGAUGGAGAAGGACACGGGAAACACACACAGGAGGCACUGGCCCGGCCCCAGGGUCCUGCCCUCAGGAGUGGCCCUCGGGCACCUCAAGGCGGCCAGCAAGGCCUCUGAACUUCAGCGGAGCAGGAGUCUGGAAGGCCUGCAGCCCAAGGGGGACCCUCCCAGCCACCCUAGGAAGCCUCGCAAGGAGCCGGAGUCCGAAGAUCAAGGGAAAGACCCAAGCAGUAGCGAGGAAGAUGCCAGCUGUCAGGAAAACCUAGCACAAGACAAGAAGGAAAGCUUUGGCACCCUUGGGAAGCUGGGUCAUGAGAGUGGAAAACGGGACCCAGAGAGGGAGAAGAGCAACUCGGAGGCCAGCACGCAGGAGGCACGGGAAGGCGAGCACACGGACGGAGGCUCACAGGAGGCCAAGGAACAGGAGGCAGAGUCCAUAAAGCUAAAUGACCUUCAGGAAAAAGAGAAAGCAUCUGUGUUUGUGGAGAUUGACCUGGGAGACCAUGCUGAGGAGGUGGUCUGCGACGCCGAGAAGGAAGAGAAGUCGUUCCAGAUGGAUGUGGGAGAUCUGUCAGAAGACGAGAUGCAGACCAGCUGGGUGUGCUGCAUCGCGUACUCCACCAGGAAGAGGGAGAAGGAGAGCACCUAGUGCCCUGGAGAAGGUGCUCAGAGCUUGACGAAGAAGAGGAAGGAGGCGGGGCCUGGAAGGAGUGAGCUCACAGACCACGCCUUUGGACUAAAGAUCCCGCCCGCCCUGAGCAACGCUGGGGCGCUGAUGACCACACCAGGUGUGAGCCACGCCUGAAACCCACUGCCCACUGGGUGAGUGAUGAUGUGACCUUAACACAGAAUAAACGACGGGAAGAGACUCUUCCUCUCCACCAGCCGGAGGGGCUCUAGCCCCUUCCUGCCCUGGCCUCUUGCUCAGUGGCUUACUGGGUGGGGACAGAGGCCCCUGGGGCGCAGCAGGGGAGGCUCAGCCCUUUGUGGGCCUCAUGGGAGCUGCAGCUCCUGGAAGCCCCCCACCAGGCAGGGGUGAGAGGUGCAGGGCAGGAUGCAGCGUCUGCUGUGUCGCCAAAGUCCCUGCAGGAGCCGGGAGCACAGUGGACGCGGCUGAGCGCCCCGGCUGUGGUGCUGGCACUAGGAUCUUUCCCCGGAGGGAGCCAUGUGCUCCCCACUCAGAGAAGGAGAGAGAGUCUUCCCCGGGGCUGUGGGGGGCUCCAGGACAUGCCUGCAAGACGAGAUCCACCAGAACCCACCCAGAGCUCUGUUGUUCAGACACGCACGCAUGCAUAUUCAUAUGUACACGACACACACAUGCUCGCACAUACCACACGCAUGCACAGGAGGGCACGGGCAGGUGACCUGCAGCAUCUCUGAUCCGGGUGCCUCUAAGGCCUCAGAGGCCACAGGCAGCGAUGCUGUGUGCACUGUCUGUCCCCAUGGAGACACAUGGGGGUCGUCCCUGUGGUGCAGACGAGAACACGAAGGCUCAUGGAGGGUGAGCUCUGCCCAUCACUCAGCCAGGGAGGGGCCCUUUUCAGGGAGCCGCGUGCCACGCAGAGCUUGUCCCCUGGGUACUUCACUCUGAUCAAAGUAGAGCUUGUCCCCUGGGUACUUUGAUCAAAGUGGGGCACCAUUCAGGCUGAAGAGAGAGAGGGGACCCCCAAAGCCAGCACCCGCCCUUGACUGGAAGACACCACAGAAGAUAAGUGUCCACCAGCCCCAGUGUCACCGUUUCCCAGACAACUGGAAAGGGGCCCCGGACCAGCUGUCCUGGUGGGUGCAGCCCUGCGGUCCACCUGGUAAAGCGAAGCCUCCACGUGGCGUCACGGGGCUGAAGAAGCCAGGCAGCUGUGGCCUGUCCCCUGUGAGGCGAGGGUCGCUGCCAUCCUGGCUGCCGGGCAGUUGGGUGUGACUCAGUUGUGGCCUCUGUGCCAACCAAAAAGGCACCCAGAGAAGCUUCCGGAAAGAUGGUUGGUUUGUCCCCUUGGUGGGGCAGGAGGCAGCAGCUCUGCCGGGUGGCUCCCAGCACCCUCCCCCGCACAGAGCAGGCAUCGGCGUGAGUCCAUCCACCCGUGUAUUCGUCCUGUCGCCGCGUGUGGCUGGCCUCAUUCUGGGUAUGUCGGUGGCGGUCGCCUCUAGGACAGGGAGGUCCCACGGCUGUUCAGACACAGGAGCUUGGCGGUGGCUUAGCUGUUAGAAUAUGAGCCUUCCAGAGUCAGACACGCCUUUGACUUCUGUUGGGCUCUGAACUGAUUUCCUCAAACCCCGGGUAAUUCUGCUCCUUCACUGGUGAGGUGGGGGUCACGGCGGCCGGGGAAAGAGCUGAUCCGGGCCAGGCUAGGGUGGGAGGGGCUGACUCCCGGGACCCCGGAGUGGUGAUUGUUGCCAUGGGGGGAAAGUUCCACGUGCUGCUGCCCCAAGCCUUGAUUCUGGGCACUCCAGGGCAGCCAGGCCUGGCUCACACCUUCCUACCCACAAGGAGAUUCCUGUGGAGCAGGCACACGCCCUGUGCAGUGUGAGUGGUCACCUGGCUUGGGCCCCAACUCCUAUCAGAGAAGCGGGCAGGUCCCAAACGAGCUGUUCAAGGCACUCAGCAGCCACACACCCAAGGAAUGGGGCUCCCUUGUGCCAGGCUGGGGGUCUGGGGAAGGGCUCAGUGGGCGCUGAGCUCAGAGCGUCCUGGCAGCGGCAGUCAGCGUCCAGGGUGGUCAGUGGUGAGGCCAAGCCCCGUCUUAGUGGAGGGGACGAGGUUGGGCUUUGGAGACUGGGGAGCAGGAGCCAUCCCUGUGGAAACACAUCUACAGGCCACACAGCCGGAGAGCAGCUCCUGCCACGUGGUCGAUGCUGCUGAGGCCGGGGCUGCCUCUGCCCGGCCGUCCCGCCCAGCGUGGGCCUGUUCCCGCUGCUGCCCGGCAGGUUGGGCUGAGAGGCUCGGGCAGCAGCACUGGCGUCGGUGGAGUGGACCAGGCAGGGGCCCAGGGCAGGAACCCUCUGGAGAUGCGCAGCCCUGAGCCCGGCAAGUCAGCUGCAGUGACAUCCAGGGAGGGGUGGAAGCCCAGACUCCCCCUAGAAGGACGCUGCCCUUGGCCUUCAGUCCCAUGGAGCACAGAUGCUGCCUGGGCUUUCUGGGGCUGGCCAGUGGUCCUGGGGUGGUGACCCCUGUUGCCCCAGGCCCAGCCUGCCUUAGUUUUAUCCUCGGUCCCCACUGGCCCCUGACCUGUGCAGACCCCAGUAAGCGAGCAAGGCCGUCAGAGCCCUCCCCGGCUGCGGGGAGGCGGUCCAGCCCCACGUGGCUCCUGUGUCUCCGCGGUGGCCCCCUUGGAGCCCAGCUCUGAGCAGGCAGAGCGGCAGACACAGCAGCACAGACCCUGGGCCGGCGCAGUUCCUCCAGCCACGCCAGCUGCACCUUGGCUGUGUC